CUCUGCGGCAAGAACAACGAGAAGGAAAAAGUAGGGAAUUUUUUUUUUCGCAAAUAUCCACCAUUUUAAAUUACCAGUUACCAUCACUUUACGAAUUACGGUCGUUAAGUGAACACGCGUUUUUUUUGUCAACGCCAAGUGGGAAAUUUAAAAGAAUAUUCUUUUAAAAGAAGUUUUUAUUGUGUAACUUUUGAAAGAAAUCUAAAACAAAAGCAAAAUGGGUAAGGAAGCUGUUGAUCCCCUUGGAUUCGUUAAGGAUUUCGCCGCCGGUGGUAUCUCCGCCGCUGUCUCAAAGACUGCCGUCGCCCCCAUCGAGCGUGUCAAGUUGCUCUUGCAAGUACAACACAUCUCCAAACAAAUCAGCCCCGAUAAGCAAUACAAGGGUAUGAUCGAUUGUUUUGUCCGCAUUCCAAAAGAACAAGGUUUUGCUUCAUACUGGCGUGGUAACAUGGCUAACGUUAUCAGAUAUUUCCCAACCCAGGCUUUGAACUUUGCCUUCAAGGAUAAGUACAAGCAAGUUUUCUUGGGUGGUGUUGACAAGAACACUCAAUUCUGGCGUUACUUCAUGGGUAACUUAGCUUCCGGUGGUGCUGCUGGUGCCACUUCCCUCUGCUUCGUCUACCCCUUGGACUUUGCCCGUACUCGUUUGGCUGCUGAUACCGGCAAGGGUGGUCAACGUGAAUUCACUGGCUUGGGCAACUGCUUGGCCAAGAUCUUCAAAUCUGACGGUUUGGUUGGUUUGUACCGUGGUUUCGGUGUAUCCGUACAAGGUAUCAUUAUCUACCGUGCUGCCUACUUCGGCUUCUACGAUACUGCCCGUGGUAUGUUGCCCGAUCCUAAGAACACCCCCAUCUACAUCAGCUGGGCUAUCGCUCAAGUUGUUACAACUGUUGCUGGUAUUGUCUCCUAUCCCUUCGAUACUGUCCGUCGUCGUAUGAUGAUGCAGUCUGGUCGCAAGGCUACCGAAAUCAUCUACAAGAACACAUUGCACUGCUGGGCCACCAUCGCCAAACAAGAAGGUACUGGUGCCUUCUUCAAGGGUGCCUUCUCCAACGUUCUCAGAGGUACCGGUGGUGCUUUCGUACUUGUAUUGUACGAUGAAAUCAAGAAGUUCUUGUAAAUUAAUUAAAUUAAAUUACUCUUACCUAAAAAAAUACACACACUACUAUACACCUACAGUUAAUAAAAUUUUAAUUUAAUUUUAAAUUUAUCGAAACAAAAAAACCCCAUUAUAAAUUGUAAUUUAAUUGAAUGAUUAUUGUACCAACAACAACAACAAAAUUCAUUAAACAAAAAUCUUAUGUUGUAAGAACAAAACAAAAAACAAACAGUACGUGUUCGUUCGUUCGAAUUGUAUGUUAAUAAGUUUCAUUAUUGUAUCGCCAGUUAGAUAAAUCUAUUCAACCAGACAAAGUGUGAAAGAUUUAAAAAUGUUAAGAAAAAAAUCGAAAAACAAAUACAAAGAAACAUAAAAUUUAA